AAAAAUUAGGAAAUGGCAAAUAUCCGAGUAAAACCCAGCUAAACCCAUCAUCGUCCAUUUCUUGGGGGAAAAAAUGCUGGUGCAGCGUUCAAUUUCGGUGCUACAUACCUGCAAAUCUUCAUUAUAUUGUUAUCCCAAGAGUUUCUCACUCUUUGCACGCAACAAUUCCUUAGCAUCAGUGUCUAAUCUGUCUUUCUCCACUCGCAAAAGCUUUGACCCCCUCGGGACUCAUAAAAUCCGAGCCUUUGGAACCGCCGCCGCCGCCGGGAAUGGAAAGGACGCAGACACCUUCUUGGCGGAAGAAAGCGUUUCGUGGACUUCUCUGGGAGUUUCAGAUUCAAUUUCAACUGCCCUCUCUAAACUUGGGCUGCAUAGACCUUCUCUAGUCCAGGCUGCUUGUGUACCAGCCAUUCUUUCAGGGCCAGAUGUGGUGGUUGCAGCCGAGACAGGAAGUGGCAAAACUCAUGGGUACUUAGUCCCACUCAUUCAUAAACUAUGCAGUCAGGUUGAUGUGUCAGAAAGUGGUUUGGAUGAUUUGAAAGUUAAUAAAAAUCAUUGUGUAUCUCUUGUUCUCUGCCCUAAUGUGAUGCUUUGUGAGCAAGUGGUUCGCAUGGCCAACUCCCUUUCUGAUGAUUACGGCCAGCCUCUUCUCAAAGCUGCCGCCAUUUGUGGCCGUCAGGGAUUGCCGGUUAAAGAACUGGAUAUAAUAGUAUCGACUCCGGUUGCACUUCUCAACUACUUCUACGCGAUUGGCCCGGAAAAACGUGGGCGUGAUGAUUUUAUUCGUAGGGUCAAAUAUGUGGUUUUCGAUGAAGCAGAUUUGUUGCUCUGUGGAAGCUUCCAGAACCAAAUAAUCCGCCUUAUAAACAUGCUCCGUUUUGACGAGAAGCAGUUGUCAAGAACUAAAAACGCAGACAAUGGGCCACAAGAUGCUUUUUAUUCGGAUUCGGAAGAGGAUUUGCAGGAAGACAUGAAUAUGGGUGAGGAUGAUGGUGAAGAUGACAUGAAUAUGGGUGAGGAUGAUGGUGAAGAUGGCAAGGAGGGAAUGGUUGAGAACUCUCAGAAUGGUGGUGAGGUUAGAAGCAGAAAAGAUUGGAGGAGGAUGAGAAAAGUAUAUGAAAGAAGUAAGCAAUACAUUUUUGUUGCAGCUACUCUUCCUGUGAAUGGGAAGAGAACUGCAGGUGGGAUUUUGAAGCGGAUGUUUCCGGAAGCUAACUGGGUUAGCGGGAAUUAUCUCCAUCGCCAAAAUCCAAGACUGGAGCAGAAGUGGGUCGAGGUCACGACCUCUACACAGGCGGAUGCACUCAUACAUGCCGUAAAAAAUGGACUUGAAACCAGUAAAAAAAAUUCCGAUUCUGAAAUAGUGCGAACCAUGGUGUUUGCAAACACCGUUGAAGCCGUCAAUGCCGUCUCUCAGAUUUUGACGGCGGCUGGUAUUGUGUGCGUGCAGUACCACAGUAACAUCUCCCUGGACGAGCGCACGGAGAAUCUAAUCGAUUUCCAGAGGAAUGGAGGCGUUUUUGUGUGUACUGAUGCCGCUGCUCGUGGGCUCGACAUACCAAACAUUUCACAUGUUAUACAGGCGGAAUUUGCGAGUUCUGCUGUAGAUUUUCUGCACAGGGUGGGCCGGACAGCGAGGGCAGGUCAGCAUGGCCUUGUCACGAGUCUCUAUACUGAGUCGAAUAGGGAACUUGUGGCCGCUGUUCGUAAGGCAGAAGAAGAUGGUUUGCCUGUGGAAAAUGCAUUUAGUAGGAAGAGGAGUUUUCGCAACAAACUUAAAAAGAGAGGUCACAGUCAACAAAACGGUGGUAGAUCAUCAAUUGAACAUCCAAUUCCAGCAUAGGUACCUUACUCGGUGACAAAAUCAAACUCUAACUUGGUCAAGAGUUUGUAAUAUCAGUAAGCCAAGCUUUUCACUUUUACCUGUUUAAUUCCAUCUUAGCAUUCAUUCAGUUGAAAUACCAGUUGUGGUCCAGUUUAUACACAACCCGUAUCUAAAGACUCAUUUCUUUGUAAUGAACACGAAACUUGUCGUAUUAAUAUAAUAAUAUCAUGGUUUGCAUAGUUGCUUCAAAUCCAUACUAUCAUUAUAUUUCAGUUUUGACCUACAUAACCACUACUAGAGCCCGAUUUUACAUUUCUUCAACUGGUCGACGAAAUCACGGAUGGCCCUAUCCGAACUCCCGCCCUCAUCACAAGCCCUCUUAGCCAAGUCACUCCACCUCCUAACAUUCCCCCUAAUCUCCUCACAUCCCAUCACUUCCUUUACACGAGACAAAAGCUCGUCCCUCGUCACAACCCCAUGCUCGUCCUCUCUUGCCCUAACCCCUAUACCCCACACCUCUAUAAAUCUAGCGUCUGUCAUCUGGUCGGCCCACUGGGGCAUGCCCACUAUAGGCACUCCAAGGGAUAGCCCCUCGAGAGUCGAGUUCCAUCCACAGUGGCUCACAAAGCAGCCGAUUGCUGGGUGGGCCAGCGUCGCCAGCUGGUUGCACCACGGCAGGAUUAGGCCUUUGUGUUUGGUGGAGUCUGGGAAUUCGGGUGGGAGUUUUUUAUGUUCGGUGUCCCUCACGACCCAGAGGAAGUGAGAGUUGGAGUCGGCUAGGGCUCGUGCCAGCUCGUGUGUUUGCUUGGGGGUGAGGGAGACCAUGCUGCCGAACGAGACGUAGAUGACUGACUUGAGUGGCUUGGUGUCGAGCCAGGAUGAGCACUCUUUGUUUAGCGGCGUCCAUAGGCUGGCGCCGUAGCUUUUGUCGUCUUGGAUUCUGUUGUCGAGGUAUGAUGAAGGCACCAUUGGACCUAUCAGCUUUGCUGGCCAUAGAUUUCUGAUGCUUUUUGCUUCCUNGCCUUCCAACUCCUCAAAACUGUUACACAACACGAAAUCUGCCCCGUCCAAGUUGGAAAACUGGCUGAGCUUCAUCGCCAGAUAAGCCGGGUAGCUGUCCGGCUCCCUAACGAACCCCGGCAGAUCCUCCAUCCCCAACGGCGGCAGCCCCGGCAGCACGAGCGGCCCCACAUCCACCGGCAGCCUCACCACGCCCGCGUGCACGUGCCCGAACACCGCGCAAACGGCCGCCGAGUUGGUGAAAAAGGCCGCCCCGCGCACGCCGUGGGCCCGGGCCACGUCGAGGGCCCACGGGAGGAAGGCGUCGUACACCACGCACGUGACCGGGUGGUGGUGGGCCGACCCCUGGAUGAGGUUCGAGAGGGUCCUUGACCCGUGGGCCCGGAAGGAGUCGAGGUAGGCCCGGCAGUCGCGGGCCUCCGAGAACCCAGCCCGAUCGAAGCCGUCCGAGAUGGGGUAGACUGUGAUGCCUGGGGCGUGGAUGGAGGGGGCGGUGUAGUGGGUGGUGGCAAUGGUGGUGCGGACGGCUUUGGAGGCGAGGCGCUUGGCAAACUGGAGGAGGGGGUUGAUGUGGCCCUGGCUCGGGUACGGGAUGAGGAUGACGUGGCAUGUGUUUUCUUCUGCUGCUUUCUCCAUUUCUUGAUGAUUGGAUUGUGAUUGUUGUGGGGUGAAGGAAGCCUUAGGCGAGGAGAGCCUUAUUUAUAGGCAUCCUUGAGCUGUGUGGUUUGGUAAAACUUAUUGAUUAGCUUGUUUAUAGUUUAUCAGUAAUUUUUGAGCUUAUAGCUUAAGAUUUAUAGCUGAUAAGCUAGCU